AUGGAGGGGGAGGGAAAUAGAGAAAAGGAAACAAAAGUUAUAAAGUCUAGGGGUCUUACAUGUAGUAACUGCUCGGCGACGGAUCAUCUUCGUAGGGACUGUCCGUUGGUGACGUGCCGGGCCUGUGGACGACUGGGGCAUUUCAAGGAGGACUGCCCGAGUGAAAAGAAGCGUGCACGGGCGGAGGAGGACGGCGAAGUGUCUGUUUGUCGAAGCUGCGGAUCCUCGAGGCACGUGAAAGCCAGUUGUCCGCUUCGUUCUCAGUCUGUUGAAUGUUUUCAGUGUCACCAACGGGGCCAUAUGGCGCCGACUUGCCCUUUGACCCGCUGUUUUAACUGCGGUAGUUACGGCCAUAGUUCUCAGCUCUGCUACAGCAGACCACUUUGCUUUCACUGUUCUUUAGCCGGGCACCGAUCCACGGACUGCCCCAUGAAGCCAAAGGGCCGUGUUUGCUACCGCUGCAAGGAGCCUGGACACGAGAUGGCAGAGUGCACCCAGACGGCGUUGUGUCAUAUGUGUAAUCAGGCUGGACACCUUGUUGCCCAGUGUCCGGAGGCCGUUUGCAAUCUUUGCCACGAAAGGGGUCACACAGCGAGCGCCUGUUUAAAGUCUCGAUUUAUCAAUUACAAAGCUCCGCAUUCCAUCGAGAGUUGCGAGGGGCCAUUUCUGGUCAAGGAACACGCAGAUGGCAGUUCAGCGGGAGAGGCGUCUUUGAACGAUAGCGAGGGCGAGCAUGAAAAGCGGUGUCAGUUGAACCCAACCUCCACGUCCCCUUCGGAAGUUGUGCCUGCGUUUGUAUCAAGCAAUUUGAAGCGUGACGGCCGUGUUGCUGUUAUUGUUGAUGGGGGCUACUUUGAACGCAUUUUGAAGGGUCACGACCGCCGCGAUGAGGAGCAGUACAAACUUACCGUGGAGGUUCUGCGCUACACCCUGGACUUUAUUGGAGACAUAUUUCAGAAGGAUCCCGUCGCGUACUGGUUUGACACGGAUCCAGCUGCCAUGACGGAGUACAUUGAGAACUCCAUGCCUCUGCCACACAGGGAAAAGGCAUUUCGUGAAAGCCAUCUUCGCAAACGACUGCUGUUGGACGAGAUGAAUAGCGGCCGCCAACUGGGCAACGUCGUCUCUCGUCUCAUUGGACGAAUGAAGCGGCAGAAAGGGUACACCCGCGAUGGACCUCGACAUGUGUGGGUUCAAACAGGCGUUGAUGUCGCCAUGGCAACUUGUGUCAUUGAAAUAUUUCUCCAUCGACAGUUUGAACAGGUGGUGCUUCUCUGCGGUGACGCUGACUUGUACCCCGCUAUUCAGUAUUGCCACACCCAACGGCGUAGUUCCCCUGUGUUGGAGAAGUCGAAUCCUGUGCGGGUGUGUGGCACAUCGAAGUCCAUGUCGAAGCUUUAUGGAAAGGACCAAGACCUCAGCGAUUUUCUUCCACGCAUUCUCCUAGACGCACCUUCUCAUACGGAGAAGGAAAGAGAGAUUGUGUUUCCAACGUAUAGUGUCUUUUUGUAG